AUGACGUUUGUGGAUCGUGUUCUUUUCUUUCGUGACUCGUCAGACAUCAAAAAAUUCUCUCUUGACCUCGAGAAACCAAAGGAUGAUUUCUCUCGUAUUGAAAGUUGGAUUUGUACCGCCAUUAGGCGGAAUGUUGUUGAACUUUAUCUUUGUGUCAAUUUAUAUCCGGACAAGACUUUUGAAUUGCCUCGAAGCCUUUUCACUUGCAAAACACUAGAGGUGUUGUACCUGACGUCAAAUUUUAUUGCCAAUCCUCCAAAAUCUGGGUGUUUCCCGAAUCUCAAGUUCCUCGAUGUUCUGGUUCAUUUUCCUAACCAUAAUAACUCGUCAUUUGGACAGAUUUUCUCUAACUGCCCUGUGCUUGAGGAUUUGAGAAUUGAUGGGCCUCUUGGGGCGUAUGAUGAAGUUUUGGAUUUCAACAUCUCUGCACCUGAACUGAAGAGAUUAACAAUAGGAUUGUACAUUGACGAUUUUGAGGAUGAAGAGUAUAAUUUUCAUAUUAAUGCUCCAAAACUUGAAGUCUUGAACCUCCCUGAGGGUGAUUCGUCAGUGUUUUCAUUUGAGAUCAGUGCAAAGUCCCUUGUCAAAGCCAAUAUCAAUCUUUCUAGCUGUCGUGUACAUUUUGACAGUACAAAUGGACUUCUGGAAGCCAUCUCCAAUGUCAAACAGCUGUCUCUUUCAAAUCAUUAUUUGGAGGGUGGUGUACCUGCUUUUGAUAAUCUGAACCAUUUGGAACUGUCUCUUUGUGGUUUCACCUGCUGGCGAUAUCUAAUAGAGUUUCUCAAGAGAUCACGGAAUCUAGAAUAUCUUGUUAUCAAACAUCAUUGCAAAGGUCAGCAUGUGGACUUUACUCCUCCAGCGUUUGUGCCUGUUUGUAUGUUGUCACAUCUCAAGACUAUCACAAUAGCAAGCUUUGAGGGAAGGCAGGAUGAAAUGAGAGUUGCUCAGUCUUCCAAGAGCAGAAGAGGAGGCAUUGUACAAAGAAUUUUUGAUGUUCGAACGGGGUUCAAAGACUUGUCAAGUUGA